UGUUAAUCCAGCCUUCAUCCUGGAUUUCAUAAACUAAAACAAGGGAGGCUGGCAGGAGCUCAGCGCUGCCGCUGGGCUGAGGAAAUUGAUGACGGGGAAGCAUGCGGGCAACACAGUGUAUAAAACUCAUAAACGUGUAGGCAGAAGCUCAGCUACUACUUUGGACGGCUGCUUCCCGCCAGCAAAGACCAAGGCGGCAGGGAGCUGAGCUGGAGCCAGCUGGGAGACAUGAAGAGCCUCUUGCUGCUGACCACACUCCUGGUACCUGCGCACCUGGCUAUGGCCUGGAGCGCCAAGUAUGCGGUGGAUUGCCCAGAGCAGUGUGACAACAGUGCGUGCCGAAGCAGCCUGCGUUGCAAGAGGACAGUGCUGGACGACUGCAGCUGCUGUCAGGUGUGUGCUGCGGGACCCGGAGAAACCUGCUACCGCACAGUCUCAGGCAUGGAUGGCGUCAAGUGUGGUCCGGGGCUGAAGUGUCACUUUUACAGUGAAGAGGAUGAUUUUGGUGAUGAGUUUGGUAUCUGCAAAGACUGUCCCUAUGGCACUUUCGGGAUGGAAUGCAAAGAGACUUGCAACUGCCAGUCUGGCAUAUGCGACAGGGUGACUGGGAGAUGUCUGGAAUUUCCCUUCUUCCAGUAUGCAGCAGCCAAGCCGCCCAGCAGGACCGCUGCCUCUCACACAGAGCGUGAUGCGGCAUCUGGAGAUGGCAAUGCUGUGAGAGAGGAGAUUGCUGAAGGGAACGUCGCUCGUCCCUCUGUAAUGAAAUGGUUAAACCCACGCUGAUCCUGGCUGAGCCAAGAGAAGGCUCCACUUUAGUGACCAACACUCAGCCAACACCUUCAGAGUUGUCUAGAGCAGAGACUAUGGAUAUGUGCUUUAUGGAGACCAAGAGUGAUUCAGAGAGGAUCCAGAAAAAAAUGUAGGCGAUAUACAACCCCAAAAACAAUAUGACUGAACACUUUUAGAUAUAUGUUAAAUAUUUAAAUGCAUAUAGAUCUGUUAAAUGUGUGUGUGAGUGUGUGGGAGACAUCACCAGGGAGCUAAGCAUUCAAUUGAGAUGGUCUUAUGGUUAAUGAAUAAUCUGAUCAAAGCUGGAGAAACCGUGGGCCCUUAGAGUUGGGUGUACUUUCUUUUUGGGAUACAGGUUGAAGAAAGGGGAGCGAGAGAGGAUGGGGUGGUGGCGAAAGUAGGGGGUUAUAUCACUUGGCUCUUCCUUGUGGUAGCUUAAAAUGUAUUAUUUUGUUUUAAUUUGGAGAAACAAGACCAGAAAAGCCUUGAAGGAAGCUGGUGGGAGUAUGAGCAGCUGUCAUGAAUGGAAAUGCUAUUAUUACAGCUACCUGCACCUGAUGGGG